GAAUUUCCUGAUUUGUUCUACCCCUGUACCCACCCUCUCCCUCUCACUGUUCUGCGACCAUUCGGGAGCCAGCCUUCAGCAACAGUUUUCUGAUGCCAGCAGGGCAAGCCACCGAACAGCAGCCACGACGCAGCAAGAGGAUCGCAGAUCACCAACAGCAACCGCAACCUGCAGUUCGACAACAGCCACAGACAAGCACUCAGAUGGCGAUCACGCCUCACAGCGGAACGUCAUCCGAGACUUCGACAUCUAGCAAUGUCGAACCCUUGCCGGUCUGUCCUGCUCAAGGGCCAAAUGAGUCCAUCACGGACUACAUUCAGAGAGUGGAGACCUAUACGGCCGCACUAACGCUUGCCAAGGAACGGCAGGAUGCUGCCGACGCAGACAAACAGCGGCUGGCAGCAGAAGCUGCAGCCAAAGCCCAGCAACAAGCUGAGGCGGAACAGUUGGCGGUCGGCAAGCUCAACGCCGACAGUGCUGACCUGCUGAUCACUCAACACGAUCAGUGGGCCGCUGUGCUCAACGAGAUGCGUUAUGUCCCCGUAGCAGGCGUCGAGCCGAUGACAGUACAGCAGGAGCGACAUAACCUGGCAGACAUUUUACUAUGCACGAUGCGUGCAGUCAUCUGGAACAACACCAUGGGAGACCUUCAUUCUAGGUCAGUAACGCAGCUGCAGAUCGAUCUAAACCAUAACGUGAAGACGCUUGCAGCAGCCAUCAAGGUCGCGGACUCCCAGCUGAAACAGAUGGACGCCCGCAUUGCUACUCUGGAGGCAAGGCCUUCCCAAGCAGCGCCAGGCUGCACACCAGACACGGCGAGGCAGCUCGGCGAGCGCAUCGACCAUGUCGUCAACCUAAUCAGCGACCUAAGUGACUUCACCAGUCCGGCUAUGAUCAGCAGCACGGUGGCCGCCAUCAAGACAAACAUCACCAAGCCGCAACCGGCAGCAGCUACGAAGGUAUACAAGAUGCCACGCUUCAACAUCGGCAAGUUCGAGGACUACAACAAGACUGACGCUUUGACAUGGUGGCAAGCCUUCCUCACCGAAGCAUCUUGCCACAAGGUCCCAAACGAAGACAUGAUGAAGACACUAUACCUCCAACUCAUUGGAGGUGCGCAGGCAUGGAUGAAACACCUCGCGGUUAACAAGGGAACCACUAUCACCGAGCUACACAAACACCUCACGUGGGAGGAUUUUGAACAGUUGUGGUUCACUCGUUUCAUGGUCCGCAACGUCGUGAAGGCGGCCAUGAACGAGGUCUACACUUGCUCAAAGGGAAGCAUGCCAACUCGAGACUGGACGAUCAAGUGGCAGAAGAUAGUGACCACGCCAGGCUUCGAUUUGAGUUUUACAAACCAACGAUCUGAGUUCUUCUCGCGAUCGUGCGCAGGACUGCGGACCGCACUCGGCAACGAGUACGAUUAUGCCUCGUUCCAGGCUAUUCUGGAUCGUGCGAAACUGGUCAUCCAAACGGAUGACAAGGCCGCUAACGAGAAGCAGUCCCAGCCGCAUUAUGUGGCUAAGCAGGGCUACCAACGACCGACACAUAACAAUGCCAUGAUUUAUGAAGAAACAGUCGAUCUCCACGCUGCAGCAGCAUCCUCGAGUGAUGGAGGAACUGUCGCAGCGCUCCCGCCGAAGCGUCCCAAGAGAGUUCGGAAGAACAAGGCCACAAGCGACGACAUCGACGGGAACUGGGCAGCAACCAUGGACGGCCUGGUACCACCAUUAGACCAGUCGAGCCAUGUGCACUUAGAUUGCGUAUGCGCAGCCUGUAAACCGUCGGCAAGUGAUCCGGUCAGCUCGCCACUGAUUUCCGAGGACUCGACGGCGUGGUCAAGACUUGAGGAGCUUGACCCGCUCACGAGAGAGGACUUCGCUUGGAUGCCUCUACCCUCCACCGGAACCUUGCCAAGGCCGCAUUGCAACGCCUUAAUGGCAAAUCUACGCUCCUAUUUGCACACUACAGUACCAGCUCCGUUGACGGACCACGGGGUAGCGGUUGUCGAUCUCCGCUCCUAUCUUGCGAAGAUUGACUGCGAGUAUGCCACCCAAAGGUACGCCGAAAUCGACGCUCCUUUGCUCUAUAUCCGCAUUCAAAUCGUAAAGGCAACCUGUAGUGCCUUGAUUGAUUGCGGAGCGUCUCGCAACUUUAUGAGCCAAGCCUUUAUGGCCCGUGCAGGCCUUGGCCCGCGCGUUCGAAGGAAGACGCCACCUACGCAAGUUACACUCGCGGCCGGCCGCACGCAAAAGUCAAUUGACAGAUGCGUCGAUGACGUUCCGGUAUACUUUGCGCCACUUGCGUGCGAGCCGGUGUCUUUUGACAUCCUCGACACCAAGUUCGACAGGAUUAUAGGCAUGUCUUGGUUGCGUAGCGCCGAUCAUCCGGUGAACUUCCACGACCGGACCGUUUACGUCUGUGAUCGGAACGGAGUGUUAGUCCCAUGUACGGUCGCGACCCCUCACACUUCGAUUGCUUGUCACGUGGUCUCCGUUGCGAGAAUUCGCGACGCCAUAGCUCGAAAUGAUGUCGAGGAGAUGGGCCUUGUAUUCUUGCAUGCUCUCCCCUCGCCGGACAGACCAGCCGCGUCACCGCCGGACCCACGCAUUUCUCACCUCUUGGACGAGUAUGGAGACGUCUUCGAGGCUCCCACCGGAACGGUUCCAGAUCGGCCCAUACGCCAUGGGAUCACUCUCGAAUUUGGCGUCGUCCCUCUGCGUGGAUGUAUCUACCACAUGAGCGAAGAGGAACUCGAAGUGCUUCGCGCAUAACUCGAUGACCUUCUCGACAAGGGCUGGAUUCGCCCUAGUUGCUCGCCAUACGAUGCACCUGUUCUCUUCGUCCGGAAGAAGAACAAAGAUCUACAGUUAUG